AUGACGUCACAUAUUUAAGGAGUCAGGGAUCAGAUCUUCACAAUUCCCGCAGACUAGUCAGUCUUGUCCAGUCUUGGCUUUGCAGCGGACACAUCCCCAUCGGACUGGCGCGCUGAGAGAGGCCUCAAGACAAUGAUGGAUCUUAUGACAACUACCCCUUUCUAUCACAUCAAUACAACAGAUGCCACUAAAAAUGGCAGUUUGUAUGAAGACAACGACGAGUAUGAUUACGACGAGCAUGCUGAGCUGAGACAGUCACUCAACAUCAUGUCUCUCAUUGUCUACAGCCUGGCCUUUGUUCUUGGUGUACUCGGGAAUGGAGUGGUUAUCUGGGUGACCGGGUUCAAGAUGAAGAAAACAGUUAACACAGUUUGGUUCCUCAACCUUGCUGUGGCUGACUUCCUCUUCACAGCAUUUCUGCCACUGAGUGUGACGUACACAGCUCUGGAUUUCCACUGGCCUUUUGGCAAGUUUAUGUGCAAACUGAACAGCACAAUAAGCUUUCUGAACAUGUUUGCCAGUGUCUACAUUCUGGUGGUGAUCAGUGUAGACAGAUGUGUGUCUGUGGUGUGGCCCGUCUGGGCCCAGAACCACCGAAGUGUACGCAAGGCGUCCUGUGUGAGUUUUGGUGUUUGGUUACUGGCUUUGAUUCUCAGCGCUCCAUACUUCAUCUUCAGGGACACUGGUCCAUCGUAUAACAAUGACGACAUCAUCAACUGCUUCAACAACUUUGCUUUUUCUGAUGACUAUGAAACCCCGUCUGUCAAUAAGCUGCGACAGUUUCGUCAUCAGGCCAUGACCAUCACCCGCUUCCUCCUGGGAUUUGUUGUCCCCUUCACUGUCAUCGUUUCCUGUUAUGCUGUAAUAAUCCAUCGUCUCAAAAGAAACCGCACCCUGGCCAGCCAGUCAAGUCGCCCCUUCAAGAUCAUCGCUGCUGUUAUCACAACUUUCUUCCUGUGCUGGGCUCCUUACCACAUCAUGGCUCUAAUUGAGUUGGUAAAUCACCUGACUAACCAUACAAGUGAAAUAUUAGACCAUGUCACCACUAUCGGAGUCCCCAUAGCAACCAGCCUGGCCUUUCUCAACAGUUGUCUGAACCCAUUGCUGUAUGUGUUCAUGGGACAAGAUUUCAAGGAUAAAGUGCGCAAAUCCAUCCUGAAUGUACUGGAGACUGCCUUCCAGGAGGAAGUUUCUCGCUCUUAUACCUACACAAACUCAAUGGUCACCAGUCGGAGCAAAGAAAAGUCUUUUUCUGAUGCAGAGGUAUAAGCUUGUCCAUGACAUAAAAAAACAAAUACUGUAACUGUACAUAGAGAUGUAACUGUAUAUAACAAAACACUAGCUUCUUCUUUUUUCUUUUUUUUUUUUUGCUUUGUUUUUAUUCAAGGACCCUCAAGAAGAUAUGUAUGCAUGAUCUCAGAUUGAAAUAUUGAUAUGAUAUGAUGAGUUUUAUGACUAGCUAACUGAUCAGGUCUGGAAGACAUUCAUAUUAUAAAAUAAGCUCUAGAUCCAUUGAUGGAUUUGUAGGAUGAAGCAUUUUACAAUGAUGGAAAGUUGAAAUGUUUUGGGGGAUUUUGUUAAAAAUAUUUAUAUAGCUCAUGAGCAAACAGAAGCCCAAAUUAAAUAGCAUAUAGCAGCACUAACCCUGGUGCUUCUUCACUAUGCAGUCCUGUUGUUGGCUGGUUGUGGUUUGAGUCACAACAGUACAGUCUGUACCAUACUAGAUCCAGUGGAUAAUGUGACAUAUUUUUAGACAGGAGAAACCAAUCCUAAUUUUAUAACAGAUCUUACAUUUGUUUAUGGUUGAAUUUGUGCAGCACAAGAUUUAUUUGACAAAAAGGAGCACCAGAUGUUGAUACUACACUAUAUCCCCGCCUGUAUGUGUCAGUAAAGAAAAGCAACUAAACAACUCCCAGAUGUUUAUUGGCCAUAGACUAUAUUAAUAGUCUGGGGCUGGGUAGUAGGUUGUUUGACCAAAAAAAACAAAAAAACAUUAUCACUUUCUUGCCAUUUAAUAUAGUAUGAUGUAAACUGACGUAUGGAAGAGAUUUAACUGAGUGUUGCUGAACAGCUGCACAAACAGGAAUAGAGCUAAUUUCCCUAACCUUCCCCCUCAUACCCAACUUACUGAUCCUGUUAUGUGCUAUGUGUCUGACAAAACUGGCCACAUGACAGGGCACACCUCUUUGGGUACAUAAUAAAGUGACAGUGAUUUUUUCCAGUUACACUGCUAGGUUUAGUAUAACUAAUUUCAUCUAUGUAGUCAUUAUAAUUAAGUUCAUCACUGUCUAUAUCUUAUGCUGCCUGUCAUCUGGCAGUACCACAGAAAUUGAUCCAAGUGACUUUUGACUGCGACAUGUUAUUUACAUUUGUUAUUCAACUCAAAGGCAGGCAAAUGCAAGCCUAAUAAAUAUAUGAUAGUGACUAUUAUGCUAAAAGUAGCAGCUGCAUUGUAUACUUGGCUUCAUUUGAUCUUUUGCUCGAUGUUAGUUGUUAUUUUGAGAAUGAUCAUUUUAUGCAAAUGCAUGUUGUGCCAUAAUCUAAGAAUUUCGAGUUAUUUUUCUCUAAGUUUUGUCUCUUUUUAGUUUAGUUUAAGAUAAUUUUCAUCGACUGAUCUGGUCUGUUUUUUUUCCUCAAUUUUCUCUCAGUUAAUUAUUUGGGCUGUACGGAAUAUUGUUAAUACUGUCCUUCUAGUGCCCUAGAGCAUUUCCUGGAGACCCAGGUGAUCAUGUUCAGGUGUCUUGCAAAACCCCACAAAAGAUAUCCUAUUUAUCUUAUAUAAGACACUUACUAUCAAAAAUAUCACAAUAUAUUAAUUUUUCAUAAGUUAGAAUAUGUGAAUAUUUUUUACGUUUUGUCCCAAGUGAACAACCAAAAUUUAAUGGCACACUUAUUCUAUGUACUGUAUAACUUUGGUAUACUAAACCUUAAAAGUCUUUGUAAUUCUUCUCUGUAUUUCUAAUGUAAAUGAUAGUUAUGUUUUCUUAUUGUUAGUGUUGAUUUUUAGCCUUCAUAGCCCCCAUUCAGAGUCCAUAAUCAUGGCAAUGAUUAUCAUCAUCAGUGGUGGUAAUAAUGACUAUUAUAGUGGUUCUUGUUAUUACCAUUAUUUCCAUAAUUAAAAUAUGAUUCAGACUUGAUAGUUUUUUUUUUAACUUGUAAUGGACAUCUCAUUAUCACUACGGAACAUGAUCAUUCCUUAUCCAGUAUAUUUACAGAAAGAGAGAUGUUUGUAUAUCACAUAAGUAACUCAUCUGAUGUAUCACCUGAUAAAAAUAUAUCAGAACUGGAAACAGUCAGGAUACUUUGUAUAGUUUCUCUAAAUCAUUGUCAUUAUAGAUUUGGUCAAUAGAGAGCGCUGUUUAACAUACCGGGUGCUCCUCAGAUCAAGUUUAAUGUCAUUUAAAUGUUCUUUAAUGUGUUUCAUGAUGACUCUGAGGAAGGCUACUAGCCAGAACACAUCGCUCUGACAAUAAAGUGU